AUGUCAUCAGACAGUGUUUCCUGGACUUUGUCUCUUCUGAAGAACUUGACAAGCUACUUAGAUGAUUCUACACAAGAUAGACUCGGCUUGCUGAUUGAAGAUAUCAAGAAAACAGUGAAUAGAUUACAGGAUGGCGACUUCAGAAUCGCAUUGGGUCGAGAAGACGCAUUUUGGAGUCGAACAACGAGAGUCUGGGAUUAUGCUUACGAACAAUUGCUCGUUCCGGAUAAUCCACAAGCAUUGCUUUUACUUUUGUGGUUGACGAGACUAUUUCGAAAUCUUGUCGCCGGUGUUAGCACCAAUCAAGAAAAAGCUGUAAAAUACGAAUGGCAUGCUAAAGUGCUAAAAACAUUGGAGUAUUGCUUAGAGAUCAUUGAGAGUAAAAAGACUAAUUACAGAGACGAUGCCAUGGCCUUUAUUAAUUCGAGUAUGCAGGCCUUAUCAAACACUAUAACUGGUCAUCCGGAACUACAGCAGCUUCUAUGGUCUGAUCUUAUGAGCAAAGACAUCGGAAAAGGGAUCUUAAACCGCGUUGCAACACAAGGGGACGAAGUAAGCCUGACUAAUUUAUUGAUACUGGUUUAUAAUCCUAUCCACGACAGUAAAGCGCGCAGUAAAAUUCUGGUUGAAUCCCCUACUGGGAUCGAUCUAUUAAAAUCCUUAUUAUGUAAGGCCGAGCUAUUACUUGCGGAUGAAAAUUCAAAAAGCUUUGAAAUGAUAUAUGCUAUUAUAUCCGAAUUGAUCGAUCUAGAUUUCUUUCCCAUUCUCUAUGAUAUGCCUUCCAUAUCCGCGAGAAGAGACCAGCCAAGCCGUCACCAAAUCGCUUUACUGAAAUUUCUCGACUCGAAAUUGCAUUCCUCAGAUCCGGGACAGACGCAACUUUCUCCGUCUUCAACAACACAUCUGGCUUACAUACUGCAGCAGUUAUCACCUCACAUCAUUAAUUCACUGAAAGAUGCAACAAAUGAUGAUCUGUCUGACCAAGCGAGAGAAAAUCAACCAGAAUUAAUGGAGAACAGAUCAAUGCUGUAUACAGCAUUGAUAUUGCUCUUGCAAUGUUUUGGAAAGUUAAGUCAGAGUGAAGAUGAAAAUACUCGAGCGAGUUUGUUUUCUGGGGGUGUUGUAGCUGUUUGCAUAUCUUUAUUACAUCAAGCUGAAGAGACAAUUCCACGUAUAACCAAACCAACCAAUGCAAACUCCGUGCAACAGGAUUCUGUAGAGUUUGCUAACAUUAAACGAGAUCUUGUUAACGUAAUUGGUAACAUGUCAUACAAGAAUCGACGUGUGCAAGACGAAGUUCGCAGCCUAGGUGGUGUUCCUGCAAUAUUGAACCAAUGCAAUAUUGAUGAUGCUAACCCUUUCAUCCGUGAAUACGCUAUAUUUGCUAUUCGCAAUCUUCUGGAUAAUAAUCUCGAGAACCAAAAGCUCAUCGAGCAAUUGGCUCCUAGAGAGGUAUUGCAACAUCCUGCCGUAAGCGAUAUAGGCUUAAGAACAGAGUUAAGUGAUGACGGAAGAGUUCACUUUAGACGUUUGUGA